CUAUGGCAUCUAUAUAAUUGGUAGCCAUCUUUCCUUUGGCAAACAGUACAGCAGUGGACAGCGACGUAGAAUAACACAGAAAAUAAGCAAAAUGGCGGAACAGCAAACUAAAAAACGUCGAAUUGCUACUCCACAUGAUGACGAUUUGUCAAAUGUCGAGUUUGAAACGAGCGAAGAUGUUGAAGUCAUCCCUACGUUCGAUAACAUGGGCCUUCGAGAUGAGCUCCUCAGAGGAAUUUAUGCAUAUGGUUUUGAAAAACCAUCUGCCAUUCAGCAACGUUCCAUCAAACCAAUUAUGAAAGGCAGAGAUGUAAUUGCCCAGGCUCAAUCAGGUACAGGAAAAACAGCAACAUUUUCAAUAGCUAUACUGCAAUCCCUGGACACGCAGCUGCGUGAAACCCAAGUGCUAGUACUUUCUCCUACCAGAGAACUUGCAACCCAAAUACAAAAAGUUAUUCUUGCUUUGGGUGACUUUAUGAAUGUUCAAUGUCAUGCUUGCAUUGGUGGUACAAAUUUGGGCGAAGAUAUUAGAAAACUUGAUUAUGGUCAACAUGUUGUGUCAGGAACCCCUGGGCGAGUGUUCGAUAUGAUUAAACGCAGAGUACUACGAACAAGAGCUAUAAAGAUGCUGGUUCUUGAUGAAUCAGAUGAAAUGUUGAACAAAGGUUUUAAAGAGCAAAUCUAUGAUGUUUAUCGAUACUUACCACCAGCUACUCAAGUUGUACUUGUAUCGGCUACAUUACCCCAUGAAAUUUUGGAAAUGACCAGUAAAUUCAUGACUGAUCCUAUACGUAUUCUUGUAAAGCGUGAUGAAUUAACACUGGAAGGUAUCAAGCAGUUCUUUGUAGCUGUGGAACGUGAAGAAUGGAAGUUUGACACAUUAUGCGAUUUGUAUGAUACUUUGACUAUCACACAAGCUGUUAUAUUCUGUAAUACUAAACGCAAGGUUGAUUGGCUAACUGAAAAGAUGAGGGAAGCUAAUUUCACAGUUUGUUCUAUGCAUGGUGACAUGCCUCAGAAAGAAAGAGACAGUAUUAUGAAGGAAUUUAGAUCAGGUCAAAGUCGCGUUUUGAUCACAACAGAUGUAUGGGCAAGAGGAAUAGAUGUCCAACAAGUUUCCUUAGUUAUUAAUUACGAUUUACCAAACAACCGUGAGUUAUACAUUCAUCGAAUUGGCCGUUCUGGACGUUUUGGACGUAAAGGUGUAUCUAUCAACUUUGUAAAAAAUGACGACAUCAGGAUUCUUCGAGAUAUAGAACAAUAUUAUUCUACUCAAAUAGACGAAAUGCCGAUGAAUGUAGCUGAUUUAAUAUAGAAAUUAUGUAUAUCAGUUUUAUACACUUUGCUUCAUAUACAAAAUAUAAAUAUGUAGAACAGUAAAUAUGUUCAUGGUGUUUUAUGUAUUUGUUGAGUUUCUCUGAAUGUACGAUUAGACAAACAUUUAUUUAUGAACUUGUUGAUUUGUUUAUUUAUUUGAUACGUAAACAAAUACUGUGCACUGUAGUUAUAUGUACAAUAUAUUGCACUGGAAACUGCAAUGUCACUAAGAUAAAAGAAAGCUCAAGAAAUUUCAUCAUUCUGAUACUCAUUUCAAUAUUAGAUUCAAGAAAUGUUUUUAAAAGAAUAUAAAUAUUCUAUAGAUCUCUCAAAGUGAUAAUGCUGGACUUGACAGAUUGGAAAAGAAAAAUAUAAAGGAUACAUUAGAAAUCUG